AUAUAUUUUUUAAGUUGCUGGCAGCUCAUGCGUGAGGUUGGUGAUAUUGUCGCUGUGGAACCAAGACCCGACUACCUUCCUGGGCUAUACUGUAGAGCCAGAGUCGUUUCAGUUCUGUCUGAAACGAGAGUAAAAGUCAAACUGAUCGAUGUCGGCGAUUUUAUGGAAUUCUAUGUGUACGCGUUGUUCGACCUUCCCGACAGUUUGAAGGUAUAUCCACAUCUGACCGUGGACUUGUUUCUAAGCGGUCUCAAGCCUCCCGCCCGUGACUGUGACUGGCUUCCCAAUGCUGACCAGUUCUCACGUAUCUGGGUGGAGAGAGCUAUGACAAACUCUCGCAUCAACGAAAAAAAUUUCAUUCACGGCGAAAUCCAGAUGAAAGUCAAUCAUUGUUUAUGGAUGACGAACAUCAAAUACUCUGGAUGGAGAGGAAAGAGCUCAGUCGAAUCAAGUCUAGGGUUUGAGCUGCUGUCAAGACAACUGGCUGAACCAAAUUCAGAUGAUAAGACACGGCUUAGAAAUUUAUUCGAAAUCGCUGGGAUAACCGAACAGGGAGCAGGAGCAGCAACGGAAAUAGGAGAACAGCAAUGGGCUGAGCUCCCUAGAAAUGUAUACUCUAAUGUAGAGGUGCUAUCUGCUCAAAACCCCCAAUGUAUAUAUCUGCGUCACAAAAGCGUAGCGGACAGGCUCGAUCUGCUAACCGCAGAUAUCCAGCACUUCGCCGAAACAUCAUCACAUGUGAAAAAAGGAACACUCGACCUAGGCAGUAUUUGCCUUGCCCUUUCUAACAAUAUAUGGAGAAGGGCAAAGAUUUACAAAAUAUCCAGUGACCUUGAAAUACUAGAAGUAUUCUUCGUUGACGAAGGAUGCAGCGGAUGGGUAAAAUGGGAUGAAGUGAUGGAGAUCCCUCAAAGCUUCAUGAAACGCUUACCAUUCCAGGCAAUAGAAUGUGAAUUGUCUGGAAUGAAAGAGCCAAACGAAGGAUGGGUUGAGUCGGCCAUAUUCGACAUAACAAAUUUCAAGGCAUUCAGAAAACCUAUCCAAGCUCACGUAAUCGAGGAGAAGGGGGAGAAGGAACCAGUAAUGGGGGAGAAAAAGUACUCCAUUGUUCUGAUAGAUGCGAACUCCAGUCGCAACAUUAUUAUCAACAGAGCGCUCCACAAUUGGGGAUUCGCCAAAAGGCAGCCUCAGGAGGGCUCAAUUGAUGAAUUACUUCAUCAAUUCGAAGCUUCCUCUCUUCAAGAGGAAGAGGAUUAG